CGUGUUAAUGUAUGGUGGUAUGGAAGGUAGACCCAGGUAGACCCGUAUGUAUAAAGACGUGGAUAGUUAAAUGUCUUAAGUGGAUUGUACGUACACUGUCACUUUGUUAGUAGGUGUAUUGGCAUGUAUAUGUUGAUCAUGAAGAGUUCAAAGGAGAAAACGGACUUAUUUAACCGGGCCUAGUUGUGUUCAGCGGUCACGUGGGGUGAAAGACUCGACAAGUAGAUUAAAUUGUGGAACUAAUUAAUGACAUUAUAAAUAGUAUACGUUUUACGAGUUUGAUUACAGGUGAAAGUCUGAGCCACAUUCCCAGGUGCUCGGCAUGACUACAUCAUACAAGUCCGUACCUAUUGGAAAUUGACCCGAUCAUGUUGUAGUGCUACGGAUCUCUAUCAAACUUCACCUAGUCUCGUGUUCUGUCGUCCCGUCGUCAAGAUGCCUACCCUAACAGAGAACACAUUUACGCUAUUCGUCAUUCUUCCAUCACAGAAUGUUUGUACUCUAAGGCGGUUAGUAUCCGGAAUUACAGUGACGGAUCUGAAAUGCAACUUAGAGUUGAUGGCUGGAUUUCCGGCGCACAUUUAUAGACUCGAAUACCCGGAUGGAGAAAUGUUAGAAGACAAAAAGCGUCUUCUGAUUAAAAAGACUGUUGACGAUGGCUAUGUUUUAAGGAUGGUUUUGGAAGCUGAAUGGGACUCAAUGUGUCAGGCUAUCUUACAAGACCAUGUGGAAUUCGUAUAUAGUGACUUAUGUCAGGGAGGCGUGCCUUCCGUUGAUCACGUGGACAGAGCUAGUUGCGCCCUCUACAUGGCCAGUUAUAGAGGGCAAAUAAGGAUGUGUAACAUGCUCAUAUCCGUGGGUGCAAACGUUAAUUGGAAGACUAGGUUCGGAAGGACGUCUGUCCAUGCGGCGGUCAGUGCUGACUGUGUAUGUAUCUUGGAAUUACUGGCCACCAAAGGAGCGGCCAUUGACUCGGAAGAUGUCCAGGGAUUCAGUCCGAGUCGGACAUCCGUAACUCACGGAUCCACCCUAUGUAGCAAGAAACUUCGCCUGAUGCAGUUAAAUCUCAGAGGCAAAUCCGCGCAUGCGCGGGCUUCCGAGCGGAUGGUCGCGAGACCGCCGCGAAUUCCAAGUGAACCAAUUCGUAGGCCUUCAAACUUACCGUCAGACAACUGGCGGAGGCCAACCACUGUCCAUGUCAGUUUUCCCGGAGUGGGAGAUACAUCGAGGACGAAGUCAAUGGAUACACAUAUCAACAUUACAGGUACAAAUUCUCACCUCAGUGAAUGCAAACAUUCCAGCUCUAGCGGUUUCUUUGCUCCGAAUCAUCAUGAGAUGUAUUUCGAGCGAGCAAAGAACUUUUCAAGAGGACAGGAAAAGAGGCAGUUAGCCAAAGCUGAGGAUAGUGGAAAUGUAUUAUUUGGAAAACAACUUACGAUUUUACGAUCAAAACGAGUGCUAAAAUUUGGUUCAGACGAUGAAAUGGGUAAUUCUAGAAGUCAUACUCCGGGAAGUCUACGAUCUGAAGGAUACUUAACGCCCUCUCUGACCAACAGAAACAAAUCAUCUUUGUCAAUCAACAGUGAACAUUAUGGCAAGGAAAAUGACACAAACUCUGGAAAAUCUAAAUAUGGUACUGGCAAGAAACAAUCUAAAUACGUGCGGUUUUCGGCUAAUGAACGAUGCUGGACAUUUUUCCCCAGAACAAACACAAACAUUAACCCUGAAUCUAUCAAGCGGAAGAUCCACCUGGUCGCUGGAGCAAGGAAGAGCAUUGUUCCUCCACAGACCGCGUAUAAAUAUGGCGACUCACACAGCGCAUGGUUGAAAAAGAAAAAUGUAAUCGAGCGGAAAUUAGAGCCAGAUUCUUCUUCCAGCGAUGAAAGUGAUGGGAAUGAUGGGGUAAAUAAAGAGUUUAAGAACUGGGUAGAAAACAAAAAGCAUCCACCUGAGUCGAAACGUCACGUGACUGGAAAUCGACCACUACACGGCAUAAUUACCAUUGGAAGUACGGAGGUCGGAAGUACAGCCCAACCGGACCCUUCGUUCAAUAUCCGGGCAUAUAAGGAGUGGUUAGGCAGGCGAAGACAGCAUGGUCCCAAAUCACAUCGAAUGCGCACUAUGCAAGAUUUCAUGGCGCAAAAACGGAUAUUAGAAGAGAAACGACAGCAACUUUUGUUGACUGCUGUCUCCUAUGAUGAGUGGCUUGAACAUACAGGUGAAAAACAGGCGCUGAUACGCCAAAUCCUCAAUGCAGAUCUCAAUCAACUAAAGGUGAUAGAAGAACGCGAGCUACAAAAACGUGGGAAUCUAUACGGUGUGAACGGACAUGUGAGAGCCGUGAACACAGACAGUGGUAAAGGGUCUGGUGAGGAAAAAGACGCAAUGAGGAAAGACAUAAUGAGGUACAAUGUGUCUGUACAUAGGCUUGAAACGCCUAUCAAAGUUAAGAACUGAGGUCUGAUCCGUUAGUGUGCAUUAAAAAAAACUUUAAUAGUUUCCUUAUAAAUAAUCAGACUAAGAACUGCAAUCAAAAGUCAAAUUUUUAAAAGAAAUCAAUUAACUGCUAAAAAAAAACACCAACAAUUUCGACUCGAUUAUCAAAUACUGUACCCAGAUAGAGUUACAUGUAGGAAUGGUAAAAUUGGACAAGAGAGUCAAUAACAUUCAUUUUAUAAUAUAGCUGCAGUAUGAUAUUUACGUUCUUAUUACGCGAUACAUGAGUAAUAGAACAUAUCAUAAAAGUAAUUAUUCUUCCCCGAAAGAGAUACUGAGAUAAUUACUUUCUAACGGUGUUAUUAUCACAGAUUCAAAAUGCUGAAAUUAUAACUUGGCUAUAUGAUUUAUUUUUUACGUUUUGAGACUUCAUUUUUUAUAUAGAUAAAAAAAAAUUAUGAACCAUGAUACAAUUGUCAUAUUAUAUCAUCAUCCAUAUUAUAUCUCCAAAAUACUAAUAUUGUUGGAACAGUCAUACAGUACCAAUCAUUUGAGUUCAAUGAGACACUUAACGACUUAGCAGUCCUUCUUGAAUGCUUAUGAAAGGGGGGGCAACCCAAAAAUAUGAAUUUUCUACAAAAGACAAUGCAUUCCCUGUCGGAUGAAUAAUUCGAUCGUUUAAAUGUUAGGUGCAAAGAACAACAAGACAUUGUUAUUGCUAACAUUCCCACUGUCUAUUUCAUUGUAGGAUAAAACGAUUUUCUAGCAAAACAAUUACGAUUCCCCACAUUCAUUAAGCAACACUAAAGUUUAUAAUAGAGUUUUGGUACAAUUUAGAACGAUAACUUGACGGAAGAUUCUAUUGAAAUAAUUCGAAUAAAGGUUUUUAAAAAAGCAUCGACAACAUAAUGAAGCCAUAAUUCAAACUCAAAAUCUAUUAAAUGAGGAUAAAAUAUAAACAUAAAAAUAGAUUUACACGGAGUCUCUUUAUAAAUUCUUAUUGCAUAACUACCGGAGAGUUUCAGGGAUUAACGUCAAAGUAACAAAGCACUUGUGGAUUCUCCAUGCGUUCAAAUUAGGAUGGCUUUUUAAAUUAUGUGGAAUGGUGGUUGAAUUAAUCAGAAAGACGUUUCUGUUUGAGAAAUUGAAUACACAUUGGCAGUUUUUAGUUAUGUUUGGUACAUUAGUAUCAUGUAGACAUUUUACGUCAAGAUAGAACCGGAAUUAGCAAGGGCUGAAAUGACGUCAAUUGUAAUUUAGUGAUGUGUUUAAUUCCUUUUUCUUGCAUCUUCACUAUAAGAUAUCCUUCAAUACCGUCAUUUAAUUGAGAUAUUGAUUUUGUUGAUCAAUUGAUAUUUUUCUCAAGAUACCUUAAUUCAUAACUUGCAAAUUUGAUGAAUACUUCUGAAAUAGAUGUUUUGUUUUUUAAAUCGAAGAACAUUAGAACUAUUAAAUUUGUAUAAUUAUGCAAAAUAUUUUCCUUGACUGACUCAAACAGUGAAAAGUAAUGUUGUAAUCAUAUUGACAGUCUGAUAUAUAUUACCAUAAUUAGUUUAAUUAAAAUUGAAAAAUCAUGCAGAAUAUGUACAAAUUGAAUUUUAAGGGGUCUCCCUUCUGCUAUGGGGAUGAUAGCAUAAUGAAAACACAUUUACAUAAUACAAAUAAUAGCCACUAUAUGAUCGCUGAUGUCAUGAUUUUUUUUUUUUUUUUUUUUAGAAAUUAAUAUCAAACUGCUAUGGAGUCAUCGGGAACAAAUACUCACUUUGAAUUGUUAACCGAUGCAUUUGCAUUUCAAUACUUUUUGAUAUGUUUGAAACUCGUAAAAAAGAAUACUAAAUCUAUAUUUUUUUUAUUUUUAUUUUUAUUUAUUAAUGAUCAGAAUACGUGGAUUUAUUAGCUUUAGUACCUUAAUUAAAGGUAAAUACUUCAUUAAUACACAUUUUCUAUAAUGAUGGGAACACCAUUAUGUUAUUUUGAAGCAAAAGAGCAUGAUAUUAUGUCUAUUUUAACAAUUAAAACAAUAACAAUACAUUUCGUUUUUGCAGAAUAUCAUAAACUUAAUAGUAAUAAGGAUUUGUACAAGGAUCGUACAUAUAUCACUUUGAAUUUUCGAACCUUUCAAACUGCUUAUAUUUAUAGAUUAUUUCAUUGAUCAGGGAAUACUUCACGUUUAAUUAGUUCAUGACAUUCAUCGCUUAUAUAAGAGUUUGACUUUAUGCAUAUUGUUUUGCCUCGAAAUAACGUUUAGAAUAAACUAUCUGUUUCGUUAGUAACA